ACCAUCCUUGCCAGCUGGGCCUAAUUUUGCCCUAGGUCUGGCCAGGAGGCCUCACAUCCAGAGACCUGCCCCGCCUCUUGCAGUGCCAGGGCCAUGGGGCUCCGGAGCCACCACCUCAGCCUGGGCCUUCUGCUUCUGUUUCUACUCCCUGCAGAGUGCCUGGGAGCUGAGGGCCGUCUGGCUCUCAAGCUGUUCCGUGACCUCUUUGCCAACUACACAAGUGCCCUGAGACCUGUGGCAGACACAGACCAGACUCUGAAUGUGACCCUGGAAGUGACACUGUCCCAGAUCAUCGACAUGGAUGAACGGAACCAGGUGCUGACCCUGUAUCUGUGGAUACGGCAGGAGUGGACAGAUGCCUACCUACGAUGGGACCCCAAUGCCUAUGGUGGCCUGGAUGCCAUCCGCAUCCCCAGCAGUCUUGUGUGGCGGCCAGACAUCGUACUCUAUAACAAGGCCGACGCGCAGCCUCCAGGUUCCGCCAGCACCAACGUGGUCCUGCGCCACGAUGGCGCCGUGCGCUGGGACGCGCCGGCCAUCACGCGCAGCUCGUGCCGCGUGGAUGUAGCAGCCUUCCCGUUCGACGCCCAGCACUGCGGCCUGACGUUCGGCUCCUGGACUCACGGCGGGCACCAACUGGAUGUGCGGCCGCGCGGCGCUGCAGCCAGCCUGGCGGACUUCGUGGAGAACGUGGAGUGGCGCGUGCUGGGCAUGCCGGCGCGGCGGCGCGUGCUCACCUACGGCUGCUGCUCCGAGCCCUACCCCGACGUCACCUUCACGCUGCUGCUGCGCCGCCGCGCCGCCGCCUACGUGUGCAACCUGCUGCUGCCCUGCGUGCUCAUCUCGCUGCUUGCGCCGCUCGCCUUCCACCUGCCUGCCGACUCAGGCGAGAAGGUGUCGCUGGGCGUCACCGUGCUGCUGGCGCUCACCGUCUUCCAGUUGCUGCUGGCCGAGAGCAUGCCACCGGCCGAGAGCGUGCCGCUCAUCGGGAAGUACUACAUGGCCACUAUGACCAUGGUCACAUUCUCAACAGCACUCACCAUCCUUAUCAUGAACCUGCAUUACGGUGGUCCCAGUGCCCGCCCAGUGCCAGCCUGGGCUAGGGCCCUCCUGCUGGGACACCUGGCACGGGGCCUGUGCGUGCGGGAAAGAGGGGAGCCCUGUGGGCAGUCCAGGCCACCUGAGUUAUCUCCUAGCCCCCAGUCGCCUGAAGGAGGGGCUGGCCCCCCAGCGGGCCCUUGCCACGAGCCACGAUGUCUGUGCCGCCAGGAAGCCCUACUGCACCACGUAGCCACCAUUGCCAAUACCUUCCACAGCCACCGAGCUGCCCAGCGCUGCCAUGAGGACUGGAAGCGCCUGGCCCGUGUGAUGGACCGCUUCUUCCUGGGCAUCUUCUUCUCCAUGGCCCUGGUCAUGAGCCUCUUGGUGCUGGUGCAGGCCCUGUGAGGGCCGGGACUAAGUCACAGGGAUCUGCUGCAGCCACAGCUCCUCCAGAAAGGGACAGCCAUGGCCAAGUGGUUGCUGGUCUUUGGGCCAGCCAGUCUCUCCCCACUGCUCCUAAGAUCCUGGGACACUUGACUUCACAAUCCACAAGGGAGCACUCAUUGUCUACACACCCUAACUAAAGGAAGUCCAGAGCCUGCCACUCCCCUAAUUCCAAAAAAAAGAAGAACUCUACAAAGGCCAAGAUCACAGAGUACAGUCUUGGAGGGACAGAAUUGUUUGUGCUGGGUAUUAGAGCUCUCAGUGGGGAGCACAUGGGUUAUAGUGAGAAACUGAACUGAACUGCUGCGUUUCCUGUCUUCCUUCCUAGGUGGCUGCUUUGGAGGGCUUUGGCUCUUACCUUUCCCUGCUGAGGGGCUCAGGGAAAAGGGUCGGGGAUUCUCAGUCGAGUUUCCAGAGCAGGAGGCCCUACAGACAUUUGGCCCCAAAUCCCUGACUCAAUAAAGUAAGCGUGUACCUAGCA